AUGUUCAAACCAGACGUUGUUCACGACGAAACCCCGAAUCUGCCCAAAGAUGUGCCCGUCGAGCCGGGCGUCCAGCGGGUCCCCUUGACGGACGAGGACAGCAAGCGCAUUCGGCGCAAGACGGAUCAGACCAUUCUGGUCGUGUUGAUUUGGGUCUAUUUCCUGCAAAUUUUGGACAAGUCCGUGCUGGGCUACGGUGCGACCUUUGGCUUGCAGGAGGACACGGGGCUCACGGGCAACCAAUACUCGUUAGUCGGGUCUAUCGCCCCCAUCGCCCAGUUGGCCUGGCAGCCCUUCUCCUCGUUUCUGAUCGUCAAGGUACCGCACAAGAUCUUGAUGCCCGUGCUAUGCCUUGGAUGGGGUAUUGCUCAGACGUGCAUGGCCGUGUGCCACAACUUUGGCUCUCUGAUGGCUACACGUUUCUUCCUAGGGCUGUUCGAGGCAGGAUGCUUGCCUUUAUUUAGCAUCAUCACCAGCCAGUGGUACCGCCGUGCAGAACAACCUUUGCGAAUUGCCGCCUGGUACAGCACUAAUGGACUGGCAACGAUCAUCGCGGCCGCUCUAUCCUACGGCCUGGGACACAUCCAUUCCGACCUGUUGAGGCCCUGGCAAAUCAUCUUUCUUUUUGUGGGCUUGGUGACCGUUGUGUCCGCCCCAUUUGUCUACUGGCGCCUGGAUAAUGAUAUCAUGUCGGCCCGGUUCUUCACGGAAGAGGAGAAAAGCCAGGCCAGGGAGCGUCUGCGAGCCAACCAGACCGGAACCGGAAACCGCGAGUUCAAACCCAGCCAUAUCUUGGAGGCGGUAUUGGAACCCAAGACCUAUCUCUGGAUUGGGAUGGCGAUGCUCCUUAACAUCGGUGCCAGCGUCACGAAUACCUUCGGCCCGCUUAUCCUGGACGGGUUGGGAUACGAUGCGUACACCACCAGUUUAUUGAACAUGCCAUUUGGGGCAUUACAGUUCAUCAUCAUCUUGCUGGCGAGUUAUCUGGCACAGGCUGCCCGGCUGAAGGGGGUCAUUCUGGCCGCUUUUAUGCUGCCUGUAGUGGCCGGCCUGGCCAUCUUGUACGCGAUUUCCCGGACCAAGUCGGUGCAGGGCGCCUUGCUGGCGGGUUACUACCUGCUGGCGUUCCUCUUCGGAGGUAACCCGCUGAUCGUGACGUGGAUCGUCGGAAACACGGCUGGAAGCACGAAGACAUCCGUUGCCAUGAGUUUGUACAAUGCUGCUUCUUCGGCAGGAAAUAUCGUUGGCCCGCUACUGUUCAGCAAGAAGGACGCGCCUACGUACCACCCGGGCCUGCGUGCCUGCCUGGGCAUUUUCUGCGCGCUGGCCGCCAUCGUCCUCAUCCAAUGGGCUAACCUGGUCUUUUUGAAUCAACAGCAGGCCCGCCGCCGCGUCCGGAAUGGCAAGAAAGCAGUGAUGGUGGACCAUUCCAUGCAAAACCAUUAUCACGAAAUCGAGGAGGGUAAUAUGGAGGACGACGAGACUGGGCACGAGACCGCCAAUGUAGGCAAUAACGCGUUCCUGGAUCUUACCGACCGACAGAAUGAUGAAUUUGUGUAUAUCUAUUGA